AUGGCGACCCACAAAGCUAAUGCUCCUCCUCCAAAUCCCAACAGCCUUGCCAUUCAAAUCCGCAAGAUCAUUGACGAAGAACGUAUAGCAAUUACCAGUGACGUCCUGGUCAUUGCAAAUGCCGAUCGAGUCGGACCUGAUGCCAAGUACGUAGAGUGGCUUGACCGAAUGCUUGAAGCCAAGGGAGAUCUGUGGAGGCAAAUAGGGAUUCGAGAUGCCAUUUUGCUCAGCCGGUCACUUAUUGAUAUGGACAAAAAUCUCUUCCUGGCCGCUUCUCAAUUCUGGUCAGUCACCACAAACUCAUUUCAUUUUAAGGUAGGCCUCAUGAGCCCUACCCUUCAGGACUUAGCUUUCUUGACAGGCCUCCGUCCCCAUGGGAUAGAGGCCAAUUACUUUUUGUCACAGAAAACUCCUUACUUUGAGUAUAAAGAACCCUUGUCUUUUACCCCCUUCUUUAACCAUUAUGCCAAAAAGGGACCCGUUGAGGAUAGUGAACACGUGGCCUUCCUCCUGUAUUGGUUAAACAAAUUUAUCUUCUGUGUCUCCGCAAAUAGGGUCACCAAGGAUUUUAUAGACUUGGCAUGUGCCCUGGCUUCUGGGCAGAAGCUGGCAUUAGGCCCUUUGGUCUUACCCCAUCUUUACCGUGGUAUGAAGGAACUGAUUAGCAACAAAUUUAUCUUUGCCCCCGAACCCCUGUGGAUUAUGACCCUAUGGUUAUGGUCCUACUUUCCUAAACUUGCCCCACCCAUGAACAAAAAGCCAGAACACACCUGUUACGGCCUCCAUUACACUGGUGCUCGCGGUCCUAGAUACGCCUUCGGGACCUACUUCAAGUUCUUCUACCAUCAACUCACUGGGAUGGGGAAGAACUGGCUGCCCUUUGUCAGGGAUACGGUGCCCUGGUGGCUAAAACAAGAAGCCUCAGAUCCAGGUGAUGACUAUGACGACCAUCUCGAGAUUUGGAGCAGCUUUCUGAUUUCCAGAGACCUCAUGUAUGGCAUGGCCUAUACUCCUACCAAUUACAAGUGUGGAGUUGAGUACUAUAAUGCAGCCCAAUUUGCCAGACAGUUCGGCCUUUGUCAACUCACUCCAUUGCCUCCAUACCAGUCCCUAAAUGAGGAUUUCACCGACAGGCCCGUCGUUCAACCAAAGGACCUAGAGAGGGUUAGGAACACUCUCCUUGAGCUUCGGAAGACCUUUGCCCUUCAUCGCUAUGCUGAACGCACCGACAAAGGAGCCAAAUUUGAUAGUCCAGAAAGCAUUCCUGAUGAGACCCCUACCGAAACUGCGCCACAGAAACCCAAAAGGACCAAGAUGCUUGCACGCAAGCAGGCGCCAGAGGCCUCUCAGACCACUGUGGCGGGUAGAACAAAGAGUAGUGCCAAAACCAGUUCACUUGAGUCUGACCCUUUGGAAAAGAUCAAAGAAGGGCAAGCUGAUUCCGCUCUUACCAAGAAGAGGUUGAGGAAGAAAAAACCUGUUCCAGUUGACUCUGAAAAUACCGUGUUUGCUACAGCGGGCAAUCCCAUUGUAAGGAUGUAUUGUGACAUGUCCUCUUCAGCAUUUAUGGCCUCUUAUUAUCACCUAAUCCCUCUUGCUUUUAAUCCCAAGGAACUUGAUGAGUAUUUCGAAGAAGAGAAAGAGAUAGAAGACAAAGGACUCGGCAUGCCUCAACAAGAACCUGAACACGAAGCAUCAUCUAGGACCCCAGAGAAGCCCAGUUCUCCAGUGAUCAAACCUAUCCCAUCGACUGAUCCUCCUGCCGAACCUGAAUUCGUUGUCGUGCCAGAGGAAGAAGAAGAAGAAGAUCUGGACACAUUAUUUUAG